AAGGAAAGAUCUGGAUUCUUCAUCAUUUAUGACGGAAAGUUAAAUUAGGGUAUUAAUUGUGAAUUGCACGUGAAGUAUAAGGAUCUUCUAAUUUUUAUAAAAAUAAUCAUGGCUUUGCAUGUACCAAAAGCACCGGGCAUGGCCCAAAUGCUUAAAGAAGGUGCCCGCUAUUUCUCAGGUUUGGAAGAAGCAGUAUAUGGAAAUAUAACAGCAUGUAAGCAGUUUGCACAAACUGUAAGGACUGCUUAUGGUCCAAAUGGCAUGAAUAAAAUGAUAAUUAAUCAUAUAGAGAAAUUGUUUAUCACAAAUGAUGCUGCAACAAUUAUUAAUGAAUUGGAAGUUGAACACCCAGCUGCUAAAUUGUUAGUUCUAGCAUCAAAAAUGCAAGAAGCAGAAGUCGGCGAUGGUACCAAUUUUGUAAUCAUUUUUGCUGGAGCACUUCUUGAAGCUGCAGAAGAACUACUUCGUUUGGGAAUUACUACAUCUGAAAUAGUUGAAGGAUAUGAAGCUUCCUUGGAAAAAGCUUUGCAAAUAUUACCAACAUUAGUCUGCUAUGAAGUAAAAGAUUAUCAAGAUGAAAAACAAAUAAAACUGGGAAUUAAGACAGCUAUUAUGAGUAAGCAAUAUGGAAAUGAAGAACCUCUUACUUCUCUUGUUGCACAAGCUUGUGUCUCUAUUUUACCAAAAAAAUCUACUUUCAAUGUGGAUAAUGUACGUGUUUGUAAAAUACUGGGAAGUGGUAUAUCUAGUUCUGAGGUUGUACAGGGAAUGGUAUUUAAGAGGCAAGUUGAAGGAGACGUUACAAGAAAAGAUAAUGCCAAAAUUGCUGUCUAUACUUGUGCUAUAGAUGUUAUACAAACUGAAACGAAAGGAACAGUAUUGAUAAAAACAGCAGAUGAACUAAUGAAAUUCUCUAGAGGAGAGGAAUCCUUAUUAGAAUCUCAAAUAAAAGCAAUUGCUGAUAGUGGAGCUACUGUGAUUGUUUCAGGAGGAAAGUUUGGAGAUAUGGCUUUACACUACAUGAACAAAUAUAAUAUAAUGGCUGUUCGUAUACCUAGCAAAUUUGAUGUUAGGAGAUUAUGUAAAACUGUUGGUGCUACUGCACUUCCAAAAUUGAUUCCACCAUCGAAAGAAGAGUUAGGGUAUGCAGAUUCAGUAUAUAUCGACGAAGUUGGAGACACUAUAGUAGUAAAGUUUGCAAUAAAUGGCAAAGAUAGUAGAGUUAGUACUAUACUUAUUCGGGGAUCUACGGAAAAUUAUAUGGAUGAUAUUGAACGGGCUAUUGAUGAUGGAGUCAAUACAUUUAAAGGAAUAACAAGAGAUGGGAGAUUUGUUCCAGGAGCAGGUGCUACAGAAAUUGAACUUGCCGCACAACUCAGUACAUAUGCAGAUACUUUACCAGGUUUAGAACAGUACGCAGUACGUAAAUUUGCAACAGCUUUGGAAAUUUUCCCAAAAACCUUAGCGGAAAAUAGUGGAAGUCAUGCAUCUGAACUUCUAUCUAAGCUUUAUGCUGCACAUAAGGAAGACAAAAAGAAUUAUGGUUUUGACAUUGAUCAAAAAGCAGGUCUUAUAGAUACACUGGAAGCUGGAAUCUUGGAUUUGUUCUUAACAAAACAAUGGGGUUUAAAAUAUGCUGUUGGCGUUGCGUGUACUGUACUUAAAGUCAAUCAGAUUAUAAUGGCAAAACGUGCAGGAGGACCAAAAGUACCAGGCGGUGGUAUUCGCGACGAUGACGAGUGAUAAUACAUAAAGCAUCAUAUACAUACAUAUAACAUUUAAUUAUUCAUUAAUUCUUAUGUUGUUAGCUUAUAGUGUUAUAUUACAUUGCUUUUUCAUUAAACUUCAUGUCAAACAAGAAAAAUAUUUAUAAAAAAAUAUUGACUAUUUAUUUACACACUACAUACUUGUUAAUACAUCUGUAUGUAAUAUUACGCUGCUUUUUCUAAUGAAAACAUGAUUUAUAAUAAAAUAGUAUUUUAUAAUUUC